ACACUCACACCCACACACGCACCCACACACACACCCGCACCCACACCCCGCCCCAGCACCCACACCAUGGCCGCCUCCACCCUGUCCGUCUGCUCCAGCAACCUGAGCUACGGCAGCCGCGUCUGCCUGCCCGGCUCCGGCGACUCCUGCCCCGACCCCUCCUGGCAGGUGGACGACUGUCCCGAGAGCUACUGCGAGCCCCCGUGCUGCGCCCCGGCCUCCUGCCUGACCCUCCUCUGCACCCCUGCGAGCUGCGGGUCCAGCCCCUGCCCAUCAGCCUGCCCUGGCUCCUGCCAGCCCUCCUGUGGCAGCUGCUCCCCCUGCCAGGAGGGCUGCGGUGCGUCUGUCUGCUGCAAGCCCGUGUGCUGCACCCCUGUCUGCUGCAAGCCCAUGUGCUGCACCCCUGUCUGCUGCAAGCCCGUGUGCUGUGAGGCCUCCCCCUGCUGCCAGCAGUCUAGCUGCCAGCCCUCCUGCUGCAACUCCUCCCCCUGCCAGGAGGGCUGUUGUGUGUCUGUCUGCUGCAAGCCCGUCUGCUGCACCCCUGUCUGCUGCAAGCCCGUCUGCUGCACCCCUGUCUGCUGCAAGCCCGUCUGCUGCACCCCUGUCUGCUGCAAACCUGUCUGCUGUGAGGCCUCCCCUUGCUCAGCCUCCCCCUGCUGCCAGCAGUCUAGCUGUCAGCCCUCCUGCUGCAGCUCCUCCCCCUGCCAGGAAGACAGCUGUGUGUCUGUCUGCUGCAAGCCCAUGUGCUGCACCCCUGUCUGCUGCAAGCCCGUCUGCUGCACCCCUGUCUGCUGCAAGCCUGUGUGCUGCACCCCUGUCUGCUGCAAGCCCGUCUGCUGCACCCCUGUCUGCUGCAAACCUGUCUGCUGUGAGGCCUCCCCUUGCUCAGCCUCCCCCUGCUGCCAGCAGUCUAGCUGCCAGCCCUCCUGCUGCAGCUCCUCCCCCUGCCAGGAAGACAGCUGUGUGUCUGUCUGCUGCAAGCCCGUCUGCUGCACCCCUGUCUGCUGCACCCCCAUCUGCUGCAAGACCGUCUGCUGCCAGGCCUCCCCUUGCUCAGCCUCCCCCUGCUGCCAGCAGUCUAGCUGCCAGCCCUCCUGCUGCAGCUCCUCCCCCUGCCAGGAAGACAGCUGUGUGUCUGUCUGCUGCAAGCCCAUCUGCUACCAGGCCUCCCCCUGCUGCCAACCCAGCCCCUGCAGACCCUCCUCCUGCGUGUCCCUCCUCUGCCGCCCCGUGUGCAGGCCCGCCUGCUGCGCCCCCUCCCCCUGUCAGCCCAGCUGCUGCCGCCAGGCCUCCAGCGUGUCCCUACUGUGCCGUCCCGUGUGCUCCCGCUGAUGGGGCAUGUGCCCCCAGGGCGCUGGGCGCAGGCCCCACCCAGGGACCGUGGGCCUCCUGACCACCCCUCAGCCCAGCCCUCACCUGUGCUAGGUGGCUGCCCCGACCCAGGACAGGGUCCCCCUGGGUGUCCACUCUCCUGACCUGACCUUCACCUCCUUCCUCCCAAGAAUGCUGACUCCGUGGCUCCCCGGGGCUCCUGCUCCUGGGACGCACCUCCACCUGCCCUGGGUCACCUGCCUUCCCUCCCAGUUCCUCUGCUCGGGUCACCUGGCCUCACCCUCUGACCUGUGGGCACCUCCCUGAGCACCCCAAUAAACUCAUUUCACCAGG